UUCAGGGCGGACACUCCUGAGGCAAAAAAUUUCUCUGCCUGGAGCGGCGGCAACGGGAACCGCCCGAAAAAGGAGACAAAGACGCCGCCGCCGCACACCUGUUGGCUCCCUCGGCUUUACCUGCACUCACGGUCACCCUUGGUCACCCCGGGAGCAGUUCACAGGGCUGAGGGAGGCCGAGGCGAGGCGGCGCCAAAGCGCCUGCGCACGUACGGCGGCCGAAAAGGACCAGAGGCGGUACAGCCGGUGACUGCCGCGAACCUCACCGUUUCCCCACGUGGCCGCGAAGACCGGGUGAGGAGCGGUGGCCGCCGAGCCCCCUCGCGCGCGAGGCAGGAAGUGGACGCCGCGGGUUCGGACUAGUGAUUGUGGCGCGCCCGUCUGGGACUUGGUUUUGGCUUGGGAGCAGCUACUGGGUGCCCUUGACCCCACACAGAGGAGAUGAAGAUGGCCUCCAAGCGCAUCACCCAGGAGACCUUUGAUGCAGCCGUUCGGGAGAACAUCGAGGAGUUUGAGAUGGGGCCAGAGGAGGCAGUGAAAGAGGCCGUGGAGCAGUUUGAAUCACAAGGGGUUGAUCUGAGCAACAUUGUAAGGAUGACGCCGAAAGUCUCUGCGGAUGGACCCCAGGAGCCCACACAUGACAUCCUGCAGGCCCUGGAUGACCUGCAGGAGUCCGUGGCCCGCUCUCACCCCCAGGAGGUGUCAGCACACCUUGCCCGCUUUUGCGAGCAGUGCAAGCAGCAAAAGGCCUGCCGCUUCUUGGCAGCCGAGAAAGGGGCCUACCCCAUCCUCCUCGCCACCUGGAAGUUGGCCGCAGCAGGUGACCAGAGUCUCCUGCUCCAGGCCCUCAAUGCCCUGUCAGCCCUGACUGAUGGCCAGCCCGAUCUCUUGGACACGCAGGGCCUGCAGCUCCUGGUGGCCACGCUGGCCCAGAAUGCUGACUCGGCCAACGUGACCUGCUCGGGGAUCCGCUGUGUGCGCCACGCCUGCCUGAAGCACGAGCAGAACCGGCAGAGCCUGGUGAAGGCCGGCGUGCUACCCCUGCUGACUGGCGCCAUUGCCCGGCACAGCUGCUGUGCCGACGUGGUCAGGGAGGCCUGCUGGGCCCUACGCAUCAUGACCUUUGACGAUGACAUUCGUGUGCCCUUCGGCCGUGCCCAUGACCAUGCCAAGAUGAUCGUGCAGGAGAAUGGAGGCUUGAAGGUGCUCAUUGAGGCCGCCAAAGCGUUCCCCGACAACCCCAGCAUCCUGAGUGAUAUCUGCAGCACCCUGUCCCGCCUGGCUGUCCGCAACGAGUUCUGCCAGGAGGUCGUCGACCUCGGGGGCCUCAGUGUCCUGGUGGCCCUGCUGGCCAGCUGCAGUGACCACCAGGACCUUGUGAAGCAAGUGCUGAGCGCCCUGAGGGCUAUCGCAGGCAACGAUGAUGUGAAGGAUGCCAUUGUCCGCGAAGGCGGGACAGAGUCCAUUGUGUCCGCCAUGACCCGGCACCUGGCCAGUCCCCAGGUGUGUGAGCAGAGCUGCGCGGCCCUGUGUGUCCUGGCACUGCGCAAGCCAGAGAACAGCCGGAUCAUCGUGGAGGGCGGCGGGGCCCUGGCUGCACUGCAGGCCAUGAAGGCACACCCGCAGGAGGCUGGCGUGCAGAAACAGGCCUGCAUGCUGAUCCGAAACCUGGUGGCUCGAAGCCAGACCUUCUCACAGCCCAUCCUGGACCUGGGGGCUGAGGCACUCAUCUCGCGGGCCCGUGCCACCCAUCACGACUGUGAGGACGUGGCCAAGGCCGCCCUGAGGGACCUGGGCUGCCACGUCGAGCUCCAAGAGCUGUGGACUGGCCAGAAGGGUAACCUGGCACCAUGACCCCAGGCUCAGUGUGAGCUGUGACUGGGUGAGUCAUGUGACUCAGGAACAGCUGGGGAGAGGGUGGGGGCAGGAAUCAUGUCCUGCUACUCUGCCUCCAGAUUCCUCCCCCAUUAACAGGAAGUGUUUUCUGAUGGGUACCAAGCAUUGGCCAGGGGGUGGGAAGGGAGCAUUAGUGAGGUGCCUAGCAGAAAGCAGCCCCUGGGUCCCGGCCUCCCCGCAUGCUGUUCCGCUCACCGGCUGACGGCCUUGGCUUCAUCCAUCCUGUGCCACCCAACCCCACUGCCCUUUCCUAGUAGAGGCGCCCCCUCAGCAUUGCUUAGGGCCAAAGGUCUGUCUGAAACCUGGAAACCAUACUGGCCAAUCUCAAAGCAGGGCAGGGAUCCCACUUCUGUUCCUACAAGUCCGUUCUCAUCCCUGCUACUGCUUCUCUCACCUGUAAAAUGGAUCACAGAUGCCUUGCUGUGCUGAACAGAGGGCAGGGACCAAGGCUCGUUUGUCUCCAGGUGUCCCAGGCCAGCCAGUGAUGCCUGGUAAUAAAGGACUGUUGGUUGAUCAA